AUGACAAAAGUGCAUCUAUUUUCUAGAAGAGUGUUGAAGAGUCGAGUGUUUGUGCGGGCCCGCCUCUGCGACGGGCCCGACGCUGUAUUUUACGUAAAAACAGAUGGGAGUGGAACUCACGUCCGGUUGAUGAUUCGCCAACUAGCCCGUCAAGUUGGAGCUACUAAUUUUGCAUGCCUGGUUGUUACACCAUGCAUGCAAGAUAAAAUUUAA